AUGAAAGGGCAAACUCGAUUUGCGGUUAAAGGAAAGUUGGCACCACGAUACAUUGGGCCGUAUGAAAUUAUUGAGAAAAUCAAUCUUGUGGCAUACCAAGUAGCCUUACCUCCGGUUAUGGAGAACAUGCAUAAUGUUUUUCAUGUUUCGAUGCUUCAGGAGUAUUUACGGGAUCCACACCAUGUUAUUAAGCCAACAUAUGUGCUUCUGAAGGAUGACUAUACGUAUGAAGAAAGGCCAAUUCAAAUUGUGAACCGCCGAAUCAAAAGACUAAGGCACAAAGAAAUUCCAUUGGUGAAAGUAGAUUGGAAAAAUCAUGGAGGGACAUAUGCAACAUGGGAAACAGAAGAGGAUAUGAUGAAGAGAUACCCUAAUUUGUUCCCUCUAGACCCGAUAUUCUUUCAAAACAAAGGUCAUUUGAGUUUGGAGGACCAAACUCUUUAA